AUGCCUAUUGGUGUUCCAAAAGUUCCCUUUCGAAGUCCUGGAGAGGAAGAUGCAUCUUGGGUUGACGUAUACAACCGACUUUAUCGAGAAAGAUUACUUUUUUUAGGCCAAGAAGUUGAUAGCGAGAUCUCGAAUCAACUUAUUGGUCUUAUGGUAUAUCUCAGUAUCGAAGAUGAUACCAAAGAUUUGUAUUUGUUUAUAAAUUCUCCUGGCGGAUGGGUAAUACCAGGAGUAGCUAUUUAUGAUACCAUGCAAUUUGUGCGACCAGAUGUACAUACAAUAUGCAUGGGGUUAGCUGCUUCAAUGGGAUCUUUUAUCCUGGUCGGAGGAGAAAUUACCAAACGUUUAGCAUUCCCUCACGCUAGGGUAAUGAUUCAUCAACCCGCAAGCUCUUUCUAUGAAGCCCAAACGGGAGAGUUUCUCCUGGAAGCGGAAGAACUUUUGAAAUUGCGCGAAACCCUCACAAAGGUUUAUGGACAAAGAACGGGCAAACCCUUAUGGGUUGUAUCCGAAGAUAUGGAAAGGGAUGUUUUUAUGUCAGCAACAGAAGCCCAAGCUCAUGGAAUUAUUGAUCUUGUCGCGGUCGAAUAA